CCCAGCUGCUUGUGCAUGUCAUUGUCAAUGACACAUUUCUUACUCACUAAACCUCGGGAUUACUGGAUUAAAAACAUCUGUGUAAAGAACACAUCUACCGCUAAUUUAUCAGCACGCUCACUAUGGAAACUGAGACGAGCACCAACAUUACUGAUGAGUUCUUAACUUCUUCUAAAACUUUAUACCCGUACCCAGAGCUUGUGUUCUGUGCUACAGGCUUCGCAAUUUUGUCAGUGACAGCCCUAGUUGGUAACAGCAUUGUCUUAAUCGCUGUGGCUCGCCACAGGAAGCUCCAGAACGCGACCAACGUCUUCGUGGUGAACCUCAGCGUGACUGACUGCCUCACGGGGUUCGCGUUCCUGUGGAGCAUACCCGGGAUGGUGAGCAGAACCCCCGGCUACCCGCUACCCUUCGCGUUCCCGUGCGUGGCGUCCGCAGCGAUCGUCUUUAGUACCGUCGGGUGCAGCAUGUACACCCUAGCCAACAUCGCCAUCAAUAGGCUCGUGCUGAUCACCCAGCCCAUGGAGACCUACCGAUCGGUGUACACACCCAAGAAGAUCGCUGUGAUGGUCUUCAUCAGUUGGUUGAUCCCCACGACUGGCAUCGUCCUACCUCCACUUCUCGGAAUCGGUGACGUUGGUUUCGACAUCGAGAGCCGGACCUGCAGCGACAUCGACGGCCAUCCGAAAGCUGGUCUCUACGACAAGAUACAGUUCGCAACCCUAUAUCCUGUACCUUUCCUAGUGAUCAUAAUCGCGUAUGUGUUAAUCUUAAAACAUGUCCGGCGACACUUCAAGAAGACACGAAGAGCUUUUACACCCAAGUCAUCCAUGGUCAUCGCAUCAGCUCCAGCCUCAUCCGCGACUAGGCUUGACGACGAUGGACCGACCCCUGCACCACGGUCAGGUACCUCCCUAAACCACGCUGAGAGCAUCCGUAAGCUAAGCCUUAACCGUACACGCAACGACCAGUUGGAGAUCACCAAAAACCUCUUCGUGGUGGUGUGCGCUCUGGUCGUCUGCUUCACCCCGCUAUCCAUCAUGGUGGUCACUAAGAACAACCGAUACCAACUCUACGGUGGAUUGGCGUUGUUCGUGAGUAGCUGUAUCAACCCGCUCAUCUACGCCACUAAGCACCCACAUUUCAAACCGGUCUUACGGUCCAUGCUCCGUUGCCGAUGACCAACUGUCCUCUCCAAGAAUCGUCAUGGUCCCUAGCCUAACUGCACCCCUUCCGGUUCUUGUUACGGACUACCAACCGAGGCUCUCGUACGGUAGACUGUGACAGCAACUUACGGUAAACCACUCUCAAAGUGAGUUGUUAUGUUCCAGACUGUCAAUUUUAGAAUCAACGGUUGGUGUGGUAGGAGAUAAUGUCCCCGGUGAUUCGGUCCCCAUACGACAAACUGUAAAAAAAAACUACUUCUGAUAGCGCCAUUUCAGCUACUCACUACUCUCUGAUAACUUCCCCCUUCAGCCGUCGUUAAUUUCCCACAAGGGGAACAGAAUCUCGUGGACCGG